GGGUUUGAUGAGGGUGUAUUAUCUAUCAAGGGGGGUUGAUAAUAUUAGUCUGCCGUCAGUCGUCGUUAUUAUUAUUCCUCUUUCAUCGUCGUCAUUAUCAUGACUGGAUUCCAUGUUAAUUGUCGUCGUCGCCACAACUAAUUUAGAUUAAGCUUUGGGCUAUUGAGAUGAAGUUGUAGAAGAACAUUAGUUUGCAAUAUUGAAUGCUUUGAUAGUGUUUGAGAUGUAAGAUUGUUCGGUAUGAUUGAUCGAUGGUUUUGAUAUCUCGUGUCUGGAGGAAAAUGGAUGAAUGGUAAGAAAGUAAGAUGAAGAGGUAAGAAGAAAGUGUGCAAGAUCUGCGAGUAGGAUUGUCAUAAAAGUCAAGUUAUAAUAUUAUUUAAAGUUUAAUGUUUUGUUUUAUCAGGAUCACAUUUAAUCAUGUAGUUUGUAGUGGCUAAAUAAUAGUACGAAUUAAUUUAAGGCGCAAUUUAUAUAUGAUUCGCUUGCUUACUGUAGUAGUAAAAGCACUCGCAGCACCAAUUAACAAUAAUAACGUCAACAACUUGUGCAUGGGGAGGGAGAGGACAAAAUGGCGACUUGGGUUACCUUUUUGUGUAAGAACGCCUGCAUUUUGUUGUUGGCGUGGCUUGAAGAGUAGCAUAACAUUUACAAGGACAAAGAUGAGUCAUGCACAAGAAACUGUUAUUGCAUUGCAGUAAGAAGUGGAAAGUAUCGUUUCUUUCUUGCAAAGGUAAUUGUUAUCGCACUCGAGUAAAACAUGCAUCUGCCGUCGUCUCCAUCUACAAAAGUGUUCCGCAGUGAUAGAUAGUUAGCAGGACAAGAUAGCUACCGAAGGCCAAAAAACGUUUUUCGUCUUUGUGCUCAUCCGCCAUUUUGUAGCUUCCAAUAUGAACAUUUCAAGCUUUAUCAACCAAAGUCUUGGUACUUUUCCAUCCCCCACUCCAGUUCACUCUUGUACAUUUGCAACUUACUUGAUAGAUAUAGAUAUACUUCAGCAAAAUAAUGCGACCUCUCAUCACUCACUCACACCACGCCACACUAUUUUUAAUAGAUAGAUAGGUAGGGAAGGUGGACAUCGAAACAUAAUGUUAUUCGCUACAAUAUGGGAGUGAAAUGGUUUUAUUUUAGCAAAGAAGUAAGUAACCAUUGACUCGUUAUUGUUAUGUGCGAGUUUAGCAGAUCGCUUAUUUUAGACAAAGAGAGUUCUUAUGCUGAUGUGGCUGAACGUCUGUGGUCGCGUUGCUGGUGAUGAUGCUGUCUCCACUGCGGUCCACUCAACCCAUCCACAGGUUAUCCUUGCCCCAGUUACUUUCUCCUUCCUGCUCCGUCUUCUCCCUCGCUCCACGCUCCUGCAUCCCACUCGAGUAAUAUUCAACUCUUUCACUUUUGAAAUACGUUGGUUUAGCACUGCUGCUGUAAGAAUUUGUAGGGGUUACGUCAUUCCUCAGUGUGGAAGGUUCUCGAUUGGACGAGAAUAAAAUGAUGGAACUUUUCAUUGCAAACUCGUUGCAUUCGCGAAAUGGUGUUCUCAUAGGCAUCAACUCCGUACUGCGUCCUAUCACUGCCUCAAAUACGGUGUCAUAUUAAUUUAGCGUUAUCUCAGUUGUUGGUGGUUGGUUACUGAAUAUGUAGGAGUGUUGAUUGUUAGAAAUGAGGAGUCAAAUCAUUUAGCUCCAGAGAUAGCCGAUUCGUUUCUCUUUUGCAAAACAACUCUACUGUAAUGCAGAAUGUUACAUGUUAGACAGCAUGGUACAACGCCUCCCUACUUACACGAUGUGCAGAUUAUUACAUCACCCAAAUGUACAUUUUUAUUUUCAUCAUGAUGUUUAGCAAAGAGUGGGAUCAUCUAUUACACUUUUCCUAGAGUCAAUAUCCUUUACAAAAUUAUAGUGCGAUAAAUUAUUCACCAGUAAGGAAAGCAGUGCGCCAAAUCAAUUGAGACCAGGUGAGACAAAUAAUUUGUAUAUUUUUUCUGGCCUAAAGUGUCCUUGCAACGAGAGCGUCUGAGUCACCCUCUGAUUUUCGUUCUAUAUCACAAUUUAUAUUUAUGUUUGCUUAUUACUGAGCGACAGACAUACUGAGGUGAUAACUGAUAUCCCAAUGUCCUCAUAAGCAAAGGAUAACAUAACCAUCGUCAUUUUAUCAUAAUAACGUGUAAAAUCAAAUAUUCAUAAGUUUUUGACCUGACUGAUUUAAUUGCGUAGAUGAGGUGGGUUCAGGGUUAUUUGCCGAGCAUAAUAAGGCCAUUUCUUCUCUGGUAUUAACAACCCGUAUGGAAUUUAUCCAUCCAUUUUGUCUCACAAAGAAGAGAUAAGAAAUGAAUAGGAUUUGCAUCUUUUUUUGUACUCGUAGUAUUGAUAUUUCAUUUCCAAAUUGACUUGAAUGAUAAGGGCAUCAAGCCCAAUAAUUUAAAAAUCCGAUUUGUCUGGAAAACAACCUCGGCGCAGAUAAACAGAUAACGGAAAUACCUGGAAAAUGAUUCAUUCACUGACAUCAUCCACCAACUAACUAACUAAUAUUCAUAUGUCCAGAUCAGUGAGUGGAUGGAAUUUGUACUCAACAAGGGCGAUUUCUGUAAUACGUUCAAACGCUGUAACUAUUCAGACAGGGAAUGAAAAGCAAUAAAAAUCUCUUAUCGGCAGAACCCACCCCACCUUAUUGUGCCUUUCUCUAAGCAUUUUGGAUUGCCAUUAUUCUGUAUCUUUCUUUCCUCAGAAAUAUGCAUAACAUUCAAAUGAAAGGCAGCCUUAUUAUAUACAAAAGUACUUAACUGACUAAUUCCAUCAGAUUUCUGACGACUUUGAGCCAAAGUCGCAGUUUCAUUUUAUAAUCAUUCCAGAAAGGAAGUCAAUUUUCUGAUAAUUUUAUUUUUGACUUUAUGUUGUGUCAUGUAAUCUUCGCAUUGUUUUGUCCGAGCAAAUGAUAAGCUUGGUAUUCUUUUGUAUAAUCGACUCACUCUGUUGAGGUAUUGAAUUUAUAACCAACGUUAAAUCUGCACCACCACCACCGAUGGUGCGGUGGUUGUCAUGUUAGGUUAUCCAUCAUCGCAUCAUUCUUGUUGGCAAACACUAGAAUAAUAAUUUGUUCAAAUGUUUCAGUAAUAUUGUUUGGAUGAGGUAACGUAGAAUAACAAAUGCUGACAAAAAUUACACCUCUCAUGAGCAGAUAGGUGACCGGCUCAUGAAACCAUUCAUGAAGUUCUGAUUGUUCUACAUAUUUACAUUGAUAUUGACCCAAAGUAUUAGAGUAUUAUGGGUAAAAACCACGGGGUUAGGUUAGACUAGUUAAUCCUGAGUUUAGUGUUUACGCAGGCAAUCCAGUUUAGACUUAAUUACUUCACUAGUCAACACACACCAAAAACCACAACGACGUCAUUAUCUUAUGACGACAUAACUUCCAAAUAUACCAUUUCAAAUUUUAUUAGGCAGUCGGCACAUCAUGUUAGGCAUCAUGUUACAUAUGACGCAGUAAAUAGUUUCAUAGUUCUUACUUAGGGAGUGGGACAUUGUAUCUCAUCUAACUUGCAUGCUUUCACUACGUCAUUACAUAUUUCUUUAAUAACGCGUACGCACACGGGUUGAGAUAGCUGGCGACAAACUUAACGUGGUCAUAACUGCCCAAGCUAUUCGUCAGUCAGAUAACCUUAACACUUGUAACAUUGAAUCUCAUUAUUACCCCUUCUUCACCUUUCCACCCCUUUCGAUCCAACUCCUGGUGAGAUUCCAUUCACGAUAUGUAUAUUAUUUGCAUUGCAACUUUGUGCGUCGUUGGCAAAUUCAGUGGAAACAAUGUCCCCUUCACCAAUCAUCCGACAAGUUGAAGUUAUCAUUGCACAACUCGAGGAUUAGGAGAUGGAACUUUGCGUUUGAUAAAAAAUUGAAAGUCCAUUUCGAGAGAUUUUAUGAUAUAAAAGGGAAUGAAAUAUGCCACCUCCUUCCUAUUAGCAGUAUUAGCACUACACAUCAUGGACUUUCCAGUUUUGAUUUACCUAUUUGCUGGUAUUUUGUCGCUAUCCUCCCUUUGCAUCAACAACCAACACCAGAUUCAAUCAUGGUUCAUAUAUGUGCAUGUAUUUAUCUCAGCCAGUGCUCAUUGCUUGCUCGAUUCUUUGCAUGUCAUCAAAUUAUCCAACAAGGUGGAUGGUGGCAAAAUCUGUUCAGUUAGGAGCUAGCAGCCGACCAAGGAGGAUCCUUUUAAAGACUCAGUCUCAUCAUAAUUAGUUGUUGGUUAGUGGUGGUAGUAAAAAGUGCACAAGUACAUUACAAAGUGAGACUACAAUCAGAGUGGUGUGGAGGACUAACAAAAACGUUGGUUACGAGAUUUUGGUGAACUCGGAAAUGGUUCUAGUCUCUACAUUGACACAAUAAUUUGAAAUCGUUCUAAUAAAAUUUGCUCAUUUCGUCCGUCAUUGACAGGUAUGUAGUUUUACAAAUUUUUGAAAUUCAAUAGGGUUUAAAAGGAUCAAAACUGCAUUUUUAUCUUUUUGUGCCAUGUUCAAUCUCAAUUGCUAUUGCAUUUCAUGGUUAUUAUCUGUUAUUAAAAUUGAUGAUUCAUGCAUCAAGUUUGCUUUUAUCACAAAAUACAACCGAAUUGGUUAAUCAGGGCAACACGAAACCACAUGUUAAGUUCAGAGCCGUCGCUAAACAUUGUACGGCCUGGAUUUCUUGUGCUGUGUACGGCCUAUGAUUUUACGGAUUAUUUUUUGUUUAAUUAAUCCAUAAUAUUGGGCGGAUAUACGACAGUUAACGCUGAAUUUAAUAUGUAUCUAAGCGCUUUUCUAAGGGUCAAGCAGAAUAUUUUAACCACGUUUACCGAUUCUGCUGAUAACCUAUGCGUGACUGAAAAUAAUUAGCUGUCUUAGCUUAUUCUUCAUGCUUAUGUUUUCCUGAUUAGAAGAGUCCAAAUUUUAAAAAACAAUGAAUUUUAGAAGUUGAUUUGAAGCCUUUUAAUUUCAAACCUUGUAAACCCCAUGAAAAAUUUUGAUAACCAAUUUAAGUGUCUACCUGUUUCUAAUCAGAAAAAUAAAUGACGGACACCACGCUGAGAAAAAUUAUGUAGGAUCUCUUUAUAAUAUGCAACAAUUGCAAUUUCAAAUAUCUAAAAAAUGGCUAACACGGUAAUCUUAUGCAAGUACUAUGCCACCAGGAUUUUGCCCAAGUUAAUCUCAUUUGAUAGAUUUGCAGAUUGAAGUUCAAGCGCAAUUUUUACUAAAACUGGUAUGUAGUACUUGCAAGCCUAUGACGCCAGCGGUCUCGCUCCGAUUUUGACGAAACCACGAUAAUUAUUUAGCAUCAGAUAAAUAAUUAAACACGUGUUGAAGGAUUUUUCAAAAUGCUCAGUAUAAACGAAAUUAUGACGGAAUCAGUGAGCGAGAAUUUGGAUUUUUACCGGGAUAUUUUUCUCGCAAGCUUGUGAGAAAAAUACAGAUUACUAGCUUACGGAUUUUAUCAUAAUUUCGUUUAACCUUAAACUGCGUGGGCAUGAAAUGUUAUUUUGUCGAUUUCAAAUUGCUCGCACAAAUUUUGAAAAUUUUGAAAUUUUUUCCAAAUGCAACAAACUAGAAAUUUUGAAAAUUUAUAAGUUUUUGAAAACUAGAUUUUUCUUAAAUUAAUCAAUGUAAUUCUGUAUACAGAAUUUCAAAGAAAGAACCUUUUUAUACAAAAAGUUUCUUUCAUGUUUGGAAUCUGGUCAAAAUUGGAACAGCAUUUUUAAAAAUCCUGAUUUUGGCUGAAAAUUUAUUAAAAAAUUCUGCCACAACUGAGACCGCCCGCAUUCAGGAAAAUGCAGAAAUAGGCGGACCUGUAUUUUUUCGCCAAAAUCGGAUCGAGACCGCUGGCGUCAUCGCAUUGUCAGUAAGCAAAAAUCAGCAUAAGCAUAAGCAUAAAUCAGCAUAAGCAUAAAUAAUGAUAGGAUUUCAAGAACUUAAACAAACUUAAAAAUGCGCCCUUAAAAAGUUAUUUGUUGACUGUGGCGGAUUUUUAGCCCAUAAAUAAUAAAGUUUUGGUUUCAUGAAUUUAUCGGUCGAGUGAGAUUUUGAGAAAAAUCCAGGUGAGAAAGCUCUCAUGGUUAUCUUUUAAGCACAGUUUUUGGCUACGUUAAAGUUUCAAAAGAAAAAUUAUCGCGAAGUAUACGUCUCAAGUGUCGCCACCAUUAAGUUCAAACAUUUAUGUUUUUAAAAUUGGUUAACCUUCCCCACAUAUGUUCGUAUUACGCAACACGUAUUUUUUCAUUCUGAGGAAUUUUGAAUUAGGUGUCCGAUUAUGUAUUCAUACACUUGACUGAAAAAGUCCCUGGCAAAGUAACGAUGCACACUCGUACUUGGCAGACUUCUUUGACGCAAUACUGGCAGCAAAUCCACGGAACAAAAUCUUACAUAUUUUAAAUACGACUGUUUUAUAGCUUGAAACUAAAAAAAAAUCAAAAAUUUUCAAAUUUUGAAAAAUUCUGAAAAUUGUCAUUUUAUCUAGUGUAAAGUUGAUCCCCCUGGUACGGCCUAUCGGCCGGUACGGCCUGGAUUCGACUAUCCAGUCGUCUCCACCAUCCGUACGGCUCUGGUUAAGUUUAUGGAACGUAUGUAUGUUUCGGUGCGUGCGUGCGAGUGCUGUUGCAUAGAUUUGUAUUUGCUAAACUAAUUUGCCAUUGUAAUUGCUAUUUGUAGAUUUUAACAAUUACGAAAUUUUAGGUGGUAAAAUCAGGUAGUGCACUCCGGUGCCAUCGACAAUAUUUAGGUCUCUCACGGGGCAGAAUAAUUUUAUAGUUGUUAUUUGAUGGAAAAGCUGGAAGGGAAUUUUAUGGGGUGGGAGGAAAACGUCCAUCUCGCAUAACAAUUUGCAAUUUUCUAAUCUCAAUUUCCAUAAAAAAUUAUAGUUUGUCUACACGAAAAGGACUCGGAUGACCCUCGUUGACACCGUAGGAGUUGAAUCCCAAAAAUUCUACUUUCUGCAUCACCCUCGACUACAAAGCGAAACUACGGAUGGACCCUGAUAUCGUCACCAUGUUCAAGAUGGACUUCAAAAAGCUGGCAUUCGUAGCUCUCGCCAUUCUGGUGGUGCUUGUCGUAGUGUCGGCAUGCAACCCAACAACCACUUCUUCGCCUAUGAUCGUGUUUGCGGAAGCAGCUCCGACACCUCCCGUGAAGUGUCAAAAUGAUUUCCAAUGUCCACCGGAACUGUUCUGUCGUUCUACUGGAGUUUGUUCUGCUUGUGUGGAUUGUCCAAAACAACACAGACUGCCCCCACCGAACAAUGCCUGCGCUAGAGGAUCGUCCGAGUGCGGGGGUUGUCACAUGGGAUAUAAAUUAGUUGGCGAUCAUUGCACCGAUGAAGAUCAUGAAACUCUUGAUAAUCCUGGUUCAGGAAUCCUGCACAAGUUCGAAAAGGCUGCCGAUAACAACUUGGAUUCUGAAGAUUUUGACAACGACAGCGAUAAUUUUAUAGUUUGGAUCUAUGGAGUCCUAAGCCUGCUUGGAUUGAUUGGUGCCGUCUUUAUUAUAGCGCACCUGGUCGUACGUAGGAAAAAUAAGCGCAAUGUCCAACGUAGUCGGCUGCUAUCCUCCUCGGGAGAAAGAGGCCCCAACGACCAUGACCAAUCCGAUGGAUUUAUUUCUCAAGCUCCAACUGCACCACUCCUCCCUGACGAGUACAAUCAGCCACCAUUUGCGUAUGCCAUGACCGUCCAGGCUCCCUCAAAAUCUCCGAUGGACCAGUUCAUCAGGCCGGCCAUUAGGGAAUUGUUGGUAGAAAGAAAUCUUCAUCUUCCUCAUCAGUCGAGUCGAAUUGUCAACGCAGUGUCAGUCUGUGCUGUGCCUUUCAAUGCUGGAAAUGCUGCUGGGGACUGGGCUAAUCAAGCUGCUCCUGCACCUGCACCUGCUCCUGCUCCUGAAAAUCAAGCAGUUCAACAAAUGAACAAUGAUGAUCCACAAAUUCCCCACCAGCAAAAUGUUACAGACGGACAUGUGGAGAAUGGUAACGCCGAAAUCGCUCCUCAACAAGCUCUCCCAGUUCAAGCUCCUCCAGUUCAGGCUCUUCCGGUACAAGCUCUACCAGUUCAAAGUCCUCCGGUUCAGGCUCUUCCGGUACAAGCUCUCCCAGUUCAAGGUCCUUCGGUUCAGGCUCCUCCGGUUCAAACUCCUCCGGUUCAGGCUCCUCCAAUUCCAGCUCUUCCGGUUCAAGCUCCAAAUCAAGCCAUGGCUGUUCUUGAAAACGUGCAAGAAGCGUUGCCAGCGUUGGAUGAUGCCAAUUCAGACGAAGAACGGGAUUUGAAUGAGGCCGCCGACAUGGACUCCAACAACAAUACUGACGACGAGGAUGAUGAUGAAGAUCCAUUCUUCUUUUCGCUGGAGGUGGGUGCAUGGCUGGGAUUGGUACCAUCAGAACCAAACAGAGAACAACGAGCUCGCUCACACAGUGCUAAUUUUCAGAUUGACGCAACCUGCAUGAACAUGCCAUCUUUGACAAAUGCGUCUCAUGCCUCGUCUUCAACUAGUAUGGCACUGUCCGCAUACUCUUCUGACAGCGGUACAGGGACUUCCAAUGAGGACGAUUCGCAAGCUCGCCCUCGAGACGAUCGUCAAGUGCCCAAUAUUGACAAUGCCGCUGUAGUGCCACUGAGCCAACCCAUUGAUCAAGAUGAGGAAAAUUUGGAGCUAUACAAUGACGACAUCGGGGACGACGAAGAUAUGGAUCAAAAUUGAUAAAUUUUCCAUUUACUUAUUAACUUCUAAUCUUUUGCUAUGUUGUUUUUCACUUCUCUGUUUCCUCUAUUUAUUCAGAUUCGAGAUUAUUAUGGGAGCAAGUUGUAGUAGUAGUAGUUUGUUUGAAGAGAUUCGCGUUAAUCGUUUGUUCAUUAGUCUUGUUGACUAAAAAUCGUAUACUUACUUAUUACUUACAUAAUUUUUAAGAACUCCUGCAUCACAAUAGGAUGGUGAAAAUUAAUAUGGGCCGGUUCGUUUGUUUGAAAUUGAAUUGUUGAUGCUGUAAUAAUUAUUAUUAUUCGUUUGGAUUAUACAGAUUUGAAUUUCAUAUUUUAGUUUUACUCUUAUUUAAAUAUGUAUUCAUUUUUGCUGGAUUUGGUCAAGAACAAAGACUUGUUGAUGGAUGUUGUUUUGUUAGAUGGGUCUAAAUUUUAUUGUAAACGUUAUUACACUUGAUCUCAUCAUAGACAACGCAUACUAAUAUUUUUGCUCAGUCUUUGAUAGACUGAUUAGGCUACAAAUCAAUACGUCUACUUACCUAAUUAGUCAACUUAGAUUCCUAUAAAGUUUAUAGUAAUACAACUUAUAUAAAGUACGCAAAUACUUAUAAAAUUAUUUAUUGAUUUAUCGAAAAAUCAAUCACAUCGUUGUGAUAUCGGUCUAAAUUUAAGGGUUGCGAUGCUUUGACAGCAUCAUUACGGUCGCGUAAAUUUUUGUGUAAGGUAUUUGGUAUUGUACUCGAAAUUUUUUUUGUUAACAAACUUUAAAAACUAUUGAUUCAAAAAUCAAUUACCCGUUAAUUUAUGCACAUUGACAAUCCAACUCAAUUGUUAAUGUGGCGUGCUAUAUUUGAUGUGUUAUAUAUAUUAGUCAUUGUUGUUCAAUUUCAUGAAGUGACGAUUUUUUCGAAAGUUGCGUAUAAAACGUAACUUUUGUAUUGUUUACAACGUAUUUUUGAGUAACUUGUCCUUUGACGAGGCUAUAUCUCAGUAAAAUAUUUUCUCCAUUUUUUGUACAGUUUUUUUGGAGAUUAAGACUUCAUUCGAGUUGGGUUCUUAGUAAUUAUAACAAUCACAAACGUAAAUUCCCCGUUGAAAAGCUUAGAUUUUUAGUCAUACGCUGAUACUUAUAUAUUUAACAGGUAUAUAUUUCAUACAUUUUUGUAAAAGAUUCUAGAACAGAAAUAAAAAUAAGGAAAAAUAAUAA